CCGUGGCUGGCCAGCUUAUGCAUGGUUCUAAUGCACAUGACCGCCUCGUGCCCAGUGUAUGAUUCAUAUCUGUGUAGCUAUAUAACAGCGAUGUCCUCUGCGGUGGCACGCCAGUCGUCUUUUGCCUCCCAUUUCCAUCAUGCUCUUCGGUCUCUCCCCCUUCUCCAUUGCUACUCGCACAGGACUCGACCUUGCGAUCAACCUGAAGACUGGCCUGUUUCGCGAGGACUUCAUUCUGACCCCUGCAUUUGCUAGAUCGCGAACAUACGCAAGAGUCCUCCGCCACCUCGACCCAGCCUUGAUCCCCGAUCACGACGGCCCCUUCACGAACGACGAGUGGGAUCGCAUAUUCAGGGGAAUCGACGCCGCUUGCUCGUUGGCGGACCUCAUGCGCGUCGUCCGUGACAAUACCGACCCGAAAGUGCGCACCAAGUACACGAACGAGCUGAUUCCCCGUGUCUGGCCGUGGCUGCGCUUUCUGUUCGACUACACGAAGACACCGCGCAGCGCCGAUCGGGACCUCGUCACCGUCGCCAAACAGCGCCACGGAUGGGAUAUCUAUCUGGGCCGGUGCUCGCAAGAAGGCGUCCUCAUGUUCAUCGACCUCCUCCUGUACGUGUUAUCCUCCUUUCCCGAGGGUCGCGCCGCCAUGAGAGCUCAGGGCGACUGGGCGGAGAUCAUAUACGACAUGUGGAGGAUCUCGACGACAACGACAUACAAGAAUUGCGACCCCGACAUCCUGCUCUCUAUCUCUCUCGAAAGCGUGAUCGGUACCAUCGUCUCCACUCAUGAAGAUAUGCGCCCCGACUUUCAGGCAGAGGUCCUCGCCAGGGGGCUCGCGACCGGUCGCCACUUCGCAAGACGCCUACAGGACCUGAUCGACGCGCCCCAGUCCGUGCACAAGUUCGAAGAGAUCGCCAUGUUCAUUCAAAUCGUCGUGUGGUCCGCGUACCACGAGGGUGUGCGUCCUCUGUUCCGCCCCUUGCUCUUCGUGAUGCCGCUGGCCAUGACCGCCAUCGACCUGCCUGACGCUUCAACACCUUCCCUCCGGCUUCGCUGCAUGGACGGCUACGACAUGCGUGAUCGCUUCACUGGGCACUGUGUCACCGUCUUCAACUAUCUGCGCGUCAACGUUGAGGGCAAGCGUGAUAUCGUCAAGCUCAUGAGGUCGCCCCUCCUCCGUGCCAUGUACAGGACCUUGAUACGCUUUCCAGGGGGCCCGGCCUCUGGGAACAUCGCAAACGCGUUAGAAUAUUUCGUCAAACCAGCGUUGAUAUUCCCCUCGGUCAUCAAAGCAGUCGUGCAGACCGCUGAACGCGACAAGCUAAACUUGAAUGUCACGGGCAUUCGCGGGUUCGAGAGCUGGAAUGUCAUGGGAGCUCUCGUUCGCGAACGCAGUGACAUGCUGACUAGCGUAACAAAAUCGUUAGAAGAAAGGCACUGCUGCCACAACAAAAAGUGCGAUCAGGAAUACACAGAGUUGAAGCGCUGCCCUUGCGGCGAUGCCUUCUAUUGCUCAACAGCGUGCCAACGAGCGCAUAGGUACGAACACAGAUUGUUCUGUCAGCCUAUUGUCCUGGGCCCCGCAGCCAUUAGCCUAUUCGACCCCUCUCCCGUCGGCCCGUCAGUUGCCUUGCCCACCGACGUAUUCGACCGCCACUCCGACUGGUAUUUCAUCCGGCAUAUCUCCCAGGAGGACGCCCGAAGAACCUUGGACCAAAAGGGCUCCGCCCGCCUCGCCGCCGUCGACUACACCGGAUACAACAAUCGUAAACGAGUGACGUGGAAGGACUUGAAACUUGACAUCAAGUACCCCGACUGCCUGAAUGACUGGCUGACGACCGUCAUCGCUGUCGGUGGUCGAGAUAUCGUCAUGCAUUUUGGUGCUGUCGGGCGGUGCUCGGACCGUGUCAUGGCGACGAUGGAGAAAGCGAAAUCCGAACAUGGCACUGCUUGAUGCAGUAAGAUAAGUCAUUCUACGCAUGGUGUAUGGAGCACGGUCUGAAGGCAGCCUUUCUUCGGAACGUGGCGCCACGACCGUGCCUACUCCUAUGCCACUUAUGUACAUAUGUAUAAGCCAGCCAAAUAUGUGUAUAUGUGAACCUACGUUCAACCUAUAGAUUUUAAUGCGACAGCUGUCAGCCCGC